AUGUCAUUAGACAUGGGUUUUAAUUCGCCUGUGGUUCAACAUGAUCAUCUGGACCAGAGGCCUCCCGGCGUUGAUCCAGUUGAUAUUCUGGAUCAGUCAGUGGGUCUUCAAUCAGAAGAGACACCUUUGGACAUGGGCUUUGGGACAGAUCCGGCACAUGAUCUUGCCCAUCAUUUGAAUAUUCAACUGGAAGAGACACCUUUGGAGAUGGGAUUCGAGACACUGGAUCCGGUACAUGGUCUUCCGUAUCAGUCGUCCAUGGUUAGUGAACCGGAACCUAUGGGAUUUGUGAUUCAGCAUGCUGUAGGUGACUUGCGCUUGGCAAUACACUGGUUGGAGAUGGAAAGGGCUCAUGGUACAAUGUUGCCAGAAGAAGCCCUUGUUAGCAAGGAAGUUCUUCAGGCCACUAGUGAGUUAUUGUUGGCAUUUCAACUUAUAUCAAUAUACCGACUGUCGACAUGA